AUGGGUACAGUUCAGAAAGGAAUGCCUAAUGAACGUUACCGUGGCAAGGCAGGAAGGAUAUACAACAUUACUCAGCAUGCUGUUGGUGAACAAGAAGGUGUUGGUGAACAAGAAGGUGUUGGUGAACAAGAAGGUAAGGUCAAGAUCCUUUCCAAGAGAAUUAAUGUGUGUAUUGAACUUAUUAAGCAAUCUAAGAGUAGAGACAGCUUCUUGCAGUGUGUGAAGGAAAAUGAAAGAAAGAAAAAGGAAGCAAAGGAAAAAGGCACUUGGUUUGAACUGAAGUGCCAGCCUGCUCCUCUAAGAGAAGCACACUUUGUGAGAACCAAUGGCAAAGCGCCAGAGCUUCUGGAACCAAUUCCAUAUGAGUUCAUGGUAUAA